UCAGAGGGGAGAAGCAAGCUGGAACAGUGGAAGAGAGUCUGUGCUGGCCGUUCCCCCAACUUUUUUCCCUUCCCGUCCCCAUUUUCUCUCUGUACAAUGGUUGGUGAUCAUUGUAACCUUUCCGGAGAAAGGCCCGUACUGUCCCAGAGUCCCAAAACUGGAUUAAGCUGCAAAAUGGUUCUGCAGGCGGUGGGCAAAGUUCUCAGGAAAUCCAAGGGAAAACCAAAUGGUAAAAAGCCAGCGCCAGAAGAGAAGAAACUCUAUCUAGAGCCAGAAUACACAAAGUCCAGAAUUACUGACUUUGAAUUCAAGGAACUAGUGAUGUUACCGCGAGAAAUAGAUCUCAAUGAGUGGCUAGCCAGUAACACCACCACCUUCUUCCACCACAUCAAUUUACAGUAUAGUACAAUCUCAGAGUUUUGUACAGGAGAGUCUUGUCAGACCAUGGCAGUGUGCAAUACACAGUACUACUGGUAUGAUGAGCGGGGAAAGAAGAUAAAGUGCACGGCUCCUCAGUAUGUUGAUUUCGUCAUGAGUUCGGUGCAGAAGCUAGUGACAGAUGAGGAUGUCUUUCCUACAAAAUAUGGCAAGGAAUUCCCCAACUCCUUCGAGUCCUUAGUGAAGAAGAUUUGCAAGUACCUGUUCCACGUGCUGGCCCACAUCUACUCCUCACAUUUUAAGGAGACUUUGGCACUGGAGCUGCAUGGACAUUUAAACACCCUGUACACACACUUCAUCCUAUUCAUCAGGGAGUUCAACCUGGUGGACCCUAAAGAGACCACCAUCAUGGACGACCUCACAGAGGUCCUCUGCAGCAGCGGCAGUGGGAGUGGGGGUAGCAGUAACGGGAGCGGCAAUGGUAGCAGCGCCGGAGCACAGAACCACGUGAAGGAGAGAUGAGCCUUCCCCUAGGAUCAAAACUAACAUUAACCGAAAAACAAUAUUCUAUAUCCUAUGUGUGUAUGCGUAUGUAUAUGUGCCGAUAUAUACGGACAUACACAGCGAUGAGUUUGAGAGAAUGCUGCCACCACAGGACAUGUAGUCAUAUGGGAGUGUCCGGAGCUUUUGUUUAAUGCACCACCUGGCGAGAAGUUGCACCAAUUUUAUUUUAUUUCCCUCCCGCUUCCUCUUCCUUUCUCCCCAUUCAGACAGAUGCUGAGUGCUGUUUUUAGAGAAGAAACAAGGUUUUGAAUCAGGCUGCUGUUUUUCGGUCAGUCUUCGGUCGCGAGUGCAAGUCCUCCUGUCUGUCUUUCUAGGAUGGUGGUACUGCCAUUUUAAAAAUAUAUCUAAUUAUGUUAUCAGAAGUGACUUUUACUUUGAAGUGGCUUAAUGCAGAUUUUUUUGUUUUGUUUUGGUUUUGGGUUUUGGGUUUUGGGGUUUGGUUUUCGGUUUGGUUUUUACAUAGACUGCCCCUUCCCCUGCCAAACUUCCCAGCCGAUUGCAUCUUGCCCUUGGCUGUCAUGGAACGGGAAGAAGAAACUCCUGGCUUGACUAGAGUAGUAGUAGGGGCUUGCAACACAUUUAGCAGGUGUGACUCCCAUCUGUCCCAUCUACCUAGUCACGGUGUGUGAACCUGCAAGAGAAUCCACAAGCCUGUCUGCUUAGUGCUCCUACCAAAUAUUUACUAGUUUCUCUGCCCCUCCCCUGCCUCCAGCUCCUCCUUUCCCAGGCAUGCAUCCAAGAGCAAGUGCAGUGAGAUUGCUGGGGUCUGAACCCCUCUGCGUAUGAGCCACAACCAUUCAUUUCCCAUUGAAAAGGGAGCCCGGGGGAGGGGAGAAGGGUGCACUGAGUCAGUCACCGCCUGUGCUAGAGAGAUGGCUGUUGGCAUAAAAUUAUAUUGUUGGCUUAUUUUAGUUCAUCUGUUCAAUAAUAAAAAAAUUCUAUCAGG